AUGGGUCGCUCUCUUUUUAAAAAGUUGCUUUUUGACGACUCAGACGAGGAUGAAAUAAUGAGGCGAAUUCUUAAAGGUUCAACAGUACAACGUAAACGUCGUCGGUAUAUCGAACGUGAUCGUUUGGCAGGCCAUAAAAGACUUUAUCUCGACUACUUUGCUGACACACCAGUAUAUCCUCCUAAUUUAUUUAGGAGGAGAUUUCGGAUGAGUCGAUCCCUUUUUCUCCGUAUUCAAUCUAGGGUAGAAACUUAUGAAUCUUAUUUUAUCCAAAAAAGAGAUGGUGCCCAAAAAUGGGGUUUAUCUUCUCUUCAAAAGAUAACAGCUGCACUUAGGAUGCUUGCGUAUGGAGUUACAGCUGAUUUUAUGGAUGAGUAUGUGCGGAUUGGAGAAUCCACUGCAAUGAAAAGUCUAAAAAAAUUUGUUAAAGCGGUGGUUGAUAUUUUCUCCAAGGAAUACUUGAGGUCUCCAAACAACGACGAUAUUGCUAGACUUUUAGCCAAUGGGGAAAAACGUGGAUUUCCAGGGAUGCUAGGGAGCAUUGAUUGCAUGCAUUGGAAAUGGAAAAAUUGUCCAGUUGCAUGGAAAGGUCAGUACUCUGGUCACAUUCAUGAGCCAACCAUUGUUUUGGAAGCAGUGGCAUUUUAUGAUCUUUGGAUAUGGCAUGCGUUUUUUGGGUUACCUGGGUCAAAUAAUGACAUUAAUGUAUUAGAACGGUCUCCUAUAUUUUCUGAGCUCGAACAAGGACGUGCUCCUGCGGUUAAUUACUCAAUAAAUGGUCAUGAGUAUAAAAUGGGAUACUAUCUUGCCGAUGGCAUCUAUCCGAAGUGGUCAACAUUUGUUAAAACAAUUCCAUAUCCACGAGAACAAAAAAAAAAAUUAUUUGCACAAGCCCAAGAGGCGAAUAGGAAGGAUGUAGAGCGUGCAUUUGGAGUUCUUCAAGCGAGAUUCGCAAUUGUGCGUGGACCUGCAAGAUUUUUCCAUGCUGAAACGCUCCAAGACAUCAUGAAAGCUUGUGUAAUUCUUCAUAACAUGAUCGUUGAGGAUGAGCGAGAUGUAAACGAAGCGGUGGAAUUAGAUUAUGAGCAAAUUGAUGACAAUCCUACCAUACAAAUGUCACGGGAGAACACAAAUACAUUUACGGAGUUCAUUGAAACCCAUCAAUGUAUUCGAGACCGUAAAAUUCAUUCUCAACUUCAAACAGACCUCGUUGAGCAUUUAUGGCAAUUACAAGGGGAGUUGUAG